AUGGUGCCUGGAGAUACUUCUUUAGAUUUCUUGGCUCAAAAGUUGAACGCCGCCGAAAUAAUUAAGCUCCUGGAAGAAUGUGUUGAAGCCCCUGAUCAAAGCCAAGAUCCAACAAUUAGAGUCUGUAGAUACUGCCACCGAGAGUUCAAGUCGGCCAAGGCCUUGGGAGGGCAUCUUCGGAUCCAUAGUCAGCACCAGAGUGGGUCAAAAGCUGGAAUUCACCACUUGGAGAAUACGGGAUUUGCUUUCUCGGAUCUCGAUAGUCAGCAGAGCUCCGAAGAAGACGACGCUGGUUUCACUUGUUUUGUUUGCGAUGACGGUUUCUCAUCUCUGAAGUUGUUAUGUCAGCAUAUGAGAAACCAUCGUGAGGAGGAUUACAAUGGCAUUCAACAGCCAACGCCACCUCAAGAGAGCACUUCGUUAAGUGAACCCCAGACCACUGUCGAAGAAGGGAUUGACGAAGUCUCUCCAGGGAAUGAUCACAAUCAGGGGUCUUCUAAUGAUUUGCUGAGCUAUGUAUCCAACUGGUCUGCAACUGGUAAGAGAGGACGGAAGCAAAUUGAUAGUGACAAGAUUGAUGGCAUAAUAUACAAUGCGGUGCCCUUGAGGGUCUUUUAUGGAUCUCAAGUUCCUUGGAGGGAAAGGAGACUUGGAGACUUCGCGGAUUCCAACCAAAGUUUGUUGAAAAGGAAGAAACAGAAGACAAGGCUCAGUAAAGAUGUCUCAAUCGAGUCUCAGUCGGGAGCUGCUAAUAGCUAUAAAACUGACAGCGAGGCUACUGUGGAGGUCUUAGGCAAUAGUGAGCAAACGACGAAAAAUAACAUCUCAAUGGCCACUCAUCGGGGGUUUGAAAGUCGUAUUUCUAGCAAGUCCAUAUCCAGGUCCAGCCAUGGAAAAUUGAAGAAGCCUAAACGUGCAAAGGCGGUGAAUGGUGUGCACCAAUGUGAGAUUUGUGGCAAGACGUUCCAAACCGGUCAGGCACUUGGUGGGCACAAAACGUAUCACCGAGUUAAGCCAGUUGUUGAUCCAUCCAGGGGCGUGUUAGUCCAACGAAAAGCCGAAGAACAAUUGUCUGGAGAAUCUGGUCAAGUUAGCGAUGGAUUCAGCAGAAUGCCGUUGCCAAGGCCAGGAGAAUUGUCUGGAGAAGCCCAUCCAUCUGCGCAAUCUAAUCAACGAGUUACUAAGAGGCUGCUAGAUUUUGAUCUUAAUAUUCCUUAUAGAGAAUGA